AUGUGUGGUGGCUCAGAGCUGCAGCUGCUCCGAAAAGGAGCCAAUCGUAGUAUGACACACGCGACUCAGCCCCAGCCCCUCCAAGUGAAGGCAUAUCACUUGUUGUUGUAGUAGGAAAUGUUCAAACUACUCUCGCCCCCUUUACCGGUCUUGCAAAGAUCAUCAUGUCGUUCACUCCUCUCGAAGUCGUUGCCGAUAGUGAUUUACAGAGUAUCUGCAAAUGCGUAUUAGGUUGGCAAAUGUGCGGCCAAUGCAAUGGGAAACCCCACUGUAAGACGCCAAAAUGCCCCUGGAGUCGUAGAGACCGCGUUCGAUCGGUUCUGACGCGAUAUGAACGCCUCUGUUCAUAUUACAUGCCAGUUUCAACAGCACACCAGGCUUUGAGCUGCCACCAAGACCUUCUAGAUAUAAUGGAGCUGAUCAAAGAUCAUCCGAACAUGAUCAAGGAACAGUUGAUGAAACAGCACUUCAAUACUGCGGCAACUAGCGUACCUAUUCUGGACCAAGAGCGAGCCUUCAAUCUUGCUGUGAGCGUGUUACUUUCGAUAAACUGUGGCAUACCCAACGACUGCGCAGACAACCUGGAAGACAGUGCAGAUUCGUUCCCCUGGGCCUGCGGAAUAUCAGUUACUGCUUUGGUGGAUGAGGCUUUUGGAACCAAGUCAAAUGGACACAAAACAGUGGAUUCGCCAUCGAUACUCGAAUCAAAUCUGUCCGCUCAGUGCUUGAGAAGUACGGCUAGGUUGCGAAUCCAAGCAACCGAUGACAUGCGCAGCCAUCUCAAGUUGGAUCUGAAAGCCCGAGUAGUCUACCUGUUCGACUGUACAGUACUAGCAGAAGAGAUGCUUGCAGCAACCAGACAGAGUCCACAGCAGGGGAUCCUGCCCCGGAAACUACUUUUGGAAAUUUUGCACACGAUGUACAGAGUCCUGUUUCCUCCUGGGCGUGAAUCAGAGGCCUUUGCAUUGUACUUAACGAAGAAGCACGGUUUUGAGAAGGGAUUCCUGAGUUACAGGAUACGUUGGUUCGGAAGAGACGACGACCCAGAAGUUGACUAUUCAUACUUUGGCGACCGACUUGUGGAGCUGCACAACGAACUGAAGGAUCCAAGUCCACGAAACUGGUUCGAGCGAUUGUUUGAGGGUGGCACGAGAAGCGCCGAGAGGAAAAUGCUCAUGGCCACAACGAUUGGCGUAUUUAUCGCAGUCACCAUUGGACUAUUCGGAUUGGUGAUUGCCGGGUUCCAGGCUUGGGUGGGCUAUCAGCAAUGGAAGCACCCUGUGAAAGAUCAGUGACCGGUUAUGACCGAUGAGUCUAUCGGCGUCUUAUCAAGUUUGAAUUUCAUGAAAUUUCGUUCGUUGAGAUC